CUAGAAGCCUCAUUCAGACUUUCCGCUGAGCCACCAAGGGGUCAAGCAAAUAUCAAGGACGUACCAGUAAAAUCUGAUAUGAGCUAGUACGCCUAAGAAGUACUUGGAAGUAGUUACCACUAUGCCUCUUCAAACAUUAGAUAUAACAGUAGCUGAUUCAUCACUAGAAGAUCUGAAAAAGGGUUCACUUGAAAUCGUAAAACAUCUAAAGAAAAACUGGAAUCCAAAUGAUAUCAAAGUUAAGGUGUUUACUGAAGGUGCAACAAAUCAGUUAAUAGGCUGCUUCAUGACCCCAAAUCCUGAUGACAUGGUUUUAAUACGAGUAUACGGGAGGAAGACUGACUUGUUCGUUGACCGAAAAGCUGAAGUUCGGAACAUGGAACUUAUGAAUGCAGCUGGACUUGGAACUCCUGUUUAUUCUUCCUUUAAUAAUGGCUUGGCCUACAAGUAUAUUCCAGGUGUUAUAGUCAACAAAACUAUGGUGUGUAAACCCGAAAUAUACAGGCUGAUUGCAAAGACCAUGGCCCAAAUGCAUGCACUAAAGACUUCAUUUGAUACAGAAUUAAACAAACCAAGUCUUUUCACUCAAAUGCGCAUGUUUUUAAAACUCGUACCAUCAAAAUUCGCAGUUACAGAAAAAAAAGCUAGGAUUUUAAGUGAACUUCCAUCUAAGCAAGAACUAGAAACUGAAGUCACCUACCUAGAAAACCAUUUAGUUCAACUUGGAUCUCAAAUUGUUUUCUGCCAUAAUGACUUACUUGGAAACAAUAUAGUCUAUAACGAAGAAAAAGAAAAAGUCACAUUCAUUGAUUUUGAAUAUUCAGAUAACAAUUUCCAGGCUUUUGAUAUAGGAAAUCACUUUUGUGAAUUUGCUGGACUGGAACCUUACCAGCCAGAAUUGUAUCCAUGUAAAGAAUUUCAAAAGGAAUGGAUCAAAGUUUACUUAGAAGAGUGGCACUACUUAAAAGGGUGUCAUUGCCAUAUCACAGAAGUACCACCUGAAGAUGUAAAUUCAUUGUAUGUGCAAGUUAACAAGUUUGCUUUGGCAGCCCAUUUACUAUGGGGUAUGUGGUCAUUAGUACAAGCAUCCCACUCAGCUCUUGACUUUGACUAUCUUGGAUAUGCCAAAUGCAGGAUUGGAGAAUACUACAAGAAAAAGGAGAAAUUCUUAGCACUGUAAGAGAGUAUGAAUAAAAGGAGCACAGUAAGCUAGUUAUAACCAAGAAACUGUUAACUGUGGUAAAAGUUGUUGCUUUUACUUUACAAUUCAUGUAAUAUACAUUCUCAGUUCCAGAUAGGUGUACCUGAACUCAUAUUCGUAGCAAGUGUGGCUUGAUAUUAAUAAUGCAUCAUCAGUGUUUAUAUGUUAUUCUCUACAAUUUUAUUCUUUUUCAUAUAUAUUUCGAAUUUUUAGACUCCUAAGUUUAUUGUUAAUUAUUUUUUUUCAUAAUGAAAUAUACUGCUAUUAAUAAAAAACACGAGGGUCGAUUUAUGAAUAUUAUUGGAUAGAGUAUACAAAAACAGAUAUAUAAGUUAAAAAUCGAAGUUUCAGCGUAAUGUUAAGAAAUAUAAGCAUGAACUUGUUAUAUCUCUCUACUAAUUUUAGGCCUUGGGCAAGAAUGAAAUAAUGUUCAUAUUCAAACAUUGACAACUUUGUUGGUCAAUCGUUAAAAGAUUUACAUAAAACACUUGUUAUUUUCAUAAUUAUUUCUA